AUGAACAAUAGCGGCAUUGAAUGCUUAUUUUUGAAUCCCUUUCCGAAAAUUGGUUCAGAACGUGGUGUAAUGAUUAGUUUGGGUGAUGACAGCUACAAGAGUAUUUUUCUUAAUUUUCAUGAGUAUCCACUUCGCACAUAUAUCUUCCGCUCCGUCUAUUCCGAUAUAGAAAUUUUUAUGAACGAAACCUCAAAAAAAGUAAUUGGAGCAACGGGGCCUGAUGCCAAAGUGGCUUAUCUAUUGGCAAGUAAAAUGAAUUUCACGAUGGAUCUUCAAUGGCCGGACGAUGGCUUUUUCGGCACACGUUUGAAGAAUGGCAGUUAUAAUGGUGCGAUUGGACGAAUGAUACGCUUUGAGUUUGAUAUUAUAUUAGCUGGAUUCUUUAUAAAGGACUAUCUAACGCGUGACAUUGAUUUUACUUCACCCGUAUAUACUGAUGAACUUUGUUGUUAUGUGAAAAAAGCUAGUCGUAUACCUCAAUCUAUACUGCCUCUAUUUGCCGUGAAUAUCGACAUUUGGAUUUCUUUCAUAUUCGUUGGAAUGCUUACUCCAUUUGUAUGGAUGUUGUUAAGGCGAGUGAAUUUGAGUGUUAUGACAAGAGGAUCUGUCCCUUUGAAAUUGCAGAAGUUGCAAAAACAGGAAAGUCGUCUGCUAACGCAAAAACACAAACUGCAGUAUGUACGCAUCUUUAUAGAUACGUGGGUGAUGUGGGUGCGUGUUAAUAUUGUAAGUUAUCCACCCUUUAUAUCAGAACGAAUCUUUAUAGCUUCACUCUGUCUGGUUAGUGUGAUCUUCGGUGCACUUUUUGAAUCAAGUUUGGCAACAGUAUACAUACGGCCCCUGCACUACAAGGACAUCAAUACGAUGGAAGAGCUUGAUGAAGCCAAUAUAAGAAUAUAUAUUAAGCAUGGAGCUAUGAGAGACGAUCUAUUUUAUGGUCAUAGCUCGCAAAUAUAUCAGAAUUUACAUAAGAAAUUACUUUUAAUUGGCGAAUUAGAAGAGCGUCUUAUUCACACGAUGGCGGGAGGCGGAAAAUUCGCAUCUGUUACACGAGCCUCCUCACUCGAACUUGACGACAUACAUUAUUUUUUAACAAACAAAAUACAUAAAAUACCCGAAUAUCCCAAAAGCUAUAAUAUAGCUUUUUUGCUUCCUAGUCACUCGCCAUUGGAAAAGAGUAUAAAUAUAUUGUUGCUUAAAUUUGUACAAGCUGGACUUAUUGACCAUUGGAUUGCAGAUAUGAAGUACCAAGCAAGGAUUAAAACACGAAAUUUUGCGGGAUACCUGGACGAGAGCGGCGACAAAUGGAAAGUUCUAACUCUAAAUGAUCUGCAGUUGUCUUUUUAUACCAUCAUAUUUGGCAGUAUGUUGGCGACAAUUGUGUUGUUCUUAGAAUUACUCAUACACAGCAAACAAGUUAGAGUUGUCUGCAAAAUUCGCACGACGAAAGUCAAGUAG